AUACUCCCUCACAAGCGACUUCCAUAGCGUUAAACAAAAGCAAAAUCACUCAUUUGGUUUUAUGCAACACGGCCUAGUUUUCGAAUCGCCAACGCGCAGAGAAAAUACAUUUCGCGGGCCUGCCAAAAGAGCCAGACUGCGGCCACCUGUCUGAGACUCCUUCCGCGUUUUCCUGCGGCUCCGAGGCAGUGACGUGCGCCUCUGAAGGCGGUGUAAUCUCCGGCGGAGCUGGAGGCUGCAGCGCCGCGGAGCGCAUCAGACUCGGCCCCUCCCCUCCGCGGCGGCCCGCCCUGCUCACACAAGAGCCCCGUCUACGCUCUGGCCGAGUCUGGGGAGGGAGACGGAAACCCGUGCGGCCUUGGAAACAAAACAAACAAAAAAAAUCACAAAAGGUCUUAUAUUAUGCAGAUGAACGGCGGAGACAAUGGAUGAAGAUUCCCAUGAGCCCAAGAUCAUAUUCCAUGGGUCAGAGGUUGAAGGAGAAGACGACGAGGUGGUGGUAGAACUGCAGGAGACGGUUCUGGUGUCUGACGUGGAGGGUGAGAAGAUCGCGGUGCACGGCCUCGCCCACGAGGAGCUGGUAAUCCAGGAAGCGAUUGAGGAUGUGGUGGCGGAGUACGUGUCCUGCACAGAUGAAGACGAAGAGCUUGGCACCAUUGCUGUGGAGACCUGUGUGAUGUCACCCGAUGAUGUGGCUCUGGAGGAGGAAGGACUGGAAGUUGAUGUGGUGACUGACGCUAGAGUACAGGAGGAUCCUGACACCUGUGGAGACUACCUCAUGAUCUCUUUGGAUGAGGCUGGAAAGGUGGUUUCUGAUGAGGAUGCUAAAGUUACUAUUGAGGGCCCUUUAGAAGACCCAGAGGAUGUGGAAAAGGAUGAUGAGGGUCAAGAGGUCAUCAAAGUGUACAUCAUCAAGGCUCACCCAGAGGAGGAAGACUUGGGAGGCACUGUUGACAUAGGAGAGGCAGAGCUUGAUGUAGAUGAAACCGUGGAGCUGGUGGAUGCCUCUGGAAUGCCAAUAAGAGAAAAGAUGGUGUACAUGUCAGUGGGUGAAGCCAGUCAAAACCAGAAUGACAUCAAUGUGGCUAAAAUCACAGAUGAGGUCUACAUGGAAGUGGUGGUGGGGGGUGAGGACCCUGGAAAUGUUCAGCGGACAAUUGACAAUGCAUCGCUCAGCAGGGACUUCAUGCCUGUGGCUUGGGCAGCUGCUUACAGUGGGGACGAGAGUGAAAGCGGUGAGAACAGGAAUGGAGCAGCAAGUGCUUUACUGCACGUUGAUGAGUCCGAUAUGAUCGAAAGAGUGAGUCGUCAGCGAAGCAAGAACAAGAGCAAGAAACGCUCUGAACGUCGUCACGUUCAGACAGCAAUCAUCAUUGGACCCUACGGCCAGCCUCUUACAGUGUAUCCCUGCAUGCUAUGUGGGAAGAAGUUCAAGUCGCGUGGUUUCCUCAAGCGCCACACCAAGAAUCACCAUCAGGAUGUCGUAAACCGAAAGAAAUACCAGUGCACAGACUGCGACUUCACCACAAACAAAAAAGCCAGUCUCCACAACCACAUGGAGAUCCACACCCUCAGCAGUAAAGCCCCGUUUGAGUGUGAAGUCUGCGGAAAAGAGUUCCACCAGCAGGCAGCGCUGUUCUCUCACCGUCUGCAGCACCACCACCGAGAAUCCAAGCUUCAGAUCCCGCCACCCACCACCAAAAUGCACGAAUGCAAGUUCUGCGAAUACGAGACGGCAGAACAAGGACUUCUAAACCGACACCUCCUCGCCGUUCACAGCAAGAACUUCCCGCAUAUCUGCGUGGAGUGUGGGAAGGGUUUCCGGCACCCUUCAGAGCUGAAAAAACACAUGAGAACCCACACCGGCGAAAAACCGUACUCCUGCCUUUACUGCGACUACAAAUCAGCCGACUCGUCCAACUUAAAAACGCACAUCAAGACCAAGCAUAGCAAAGAAAUGCCCUACAAGUGUGACCGCUGUUUCCAGACAUUUGCCGAACCUGACGAGCUGUUCCAACACGCACUGACACACGAGGAGUCCAAAACACACCAGUGCACUCACUGUGACCAUAAAAGCUCCAAUUCCAGUGACCUGAAGCGCCACAUCAUUUCAGUUCACACCAAAGACUACCCGCAUAAAUGUGAAGUCUGUGGAAAAGGCUUCCACCGGCCGUCCGAGCUCAAAAAGCACUCGGCCGCUCAUAAGGUGAAGAAGUUACACCAGUGCAGGCAUUGCAACUUCAAAAUCGCUGAUCCGUUUGUUCUCAGUCGGCAUAUUUUGUCAGCGCACACCAAGGAGCAGCAGGCGUUUCCUGACAAAAAGGGUCUUAAGAAGACGAGUGUACUCGGUGCUCAUGGAGGUAGGAAAAUUUUGGGCGGUGCCAGUUUGUCCAAGGGCCACCGGGAGCGCCGGCUGUACCAAUGCCACUAUUGCGACUACAGCACGGGCGACGCAUCUGGUUUCAAGAGGCACGUGAUCUCCAUUCACACCAAAGACUAUCCUCACCGGUGUGACAUCUGCUCGAAAGGCUUCCGCAGACCGUCAGAGAAGAACCAGCACAUAAUGCGGCAUCAUAAAGACCUAAUGCCGACCAUGUGACCUUUGCAAACAGAAACCCAUUAGGAAAAGCUCAGUUCUGAUGUAGCUGUGGUCUUCAGGGCCGGUAGAAGGCUAACUAGAGGCUUUUUCGGAUCCUGAUAGUACAGACAGGCUGAAAGUGAAAGAAAAUAGAGAGGAAAAACAACCAUCCAAUGAGUCCAGUUGCAAGUUACACUGCUCGUCAAUGUCAG